CGGAAACGAAAAAGGCCCCAAAAAACAGAGAUUAGGCCCAAACAGAAACAAAGCUCAAAGAAGAAGAAAACCCUAGCAGCAGAGAAACUGUUGAAGUCGUCGUCCCCAUCGCCGCACUGGUGAGCCAAACGGAUGAACGGCUGCAGGGAUCCAGAAGAAGAUAAGGUCAAGCAAGAAAACUCCCAAGAAAACUCCCAACACAGCACGUCCAACAGAUCCACGAGAUAAACCAAAAGACAGCCCAAAAAGUGCAGGACACGAAUGCUCCAUCAUCCUCCACGAACCCAACAUCACCGCACCGGUGAGCCAAACAGAAUCAUAUCUUUGGGUACAUUUUUUCCAGCCGAUCGUUUAACUCCCAACUCCAAAAGCUGACGCUUAAUUACAUUUUUUCCAGCCGAUCGUUUAACUCCCAACUCCAAAAGCUGACGCUUAAUCGGCCAUUUCAGCUUUUACGUUGCAUUAGGCGAGUCGGUAGUUGACCAUCUGCUGUGGAUAUUGUCCCUGUCAGAUGUCAAUGGCUGCUUCUUCGUCUUCCUCAUGGAAAUACGACGUCUUCCUGAAUUUCAGAGGCGAAGACACUCGCAAGAUCUUCGUCGGCCAUCUCUACAGAGCUCUGGAUCAGAAAGCAAUCAACACCUUCAUCGACGCGGAAAAGCUCAGAAAAGGCAACGACCUUUCGGAACUCCUUUCAGCCAUCGAAGAGUCAAGGAUUUCGAUCGUGGUUUUCUCCCAGAACUACGCUUCUUCGACGUGGUGCUUGAAAGAACUGGUCAAAAUCCUGGCGUGCAUGGAUACAAAGAAUCAGAUAGUGGUGCCGAUCUUCUACCAAGUCGAUCCAUCUGAAGUUCGUAAGCUCAAGAGAAGUUUUGCAGAAGCUUUUGCUCAACACGAACGCGAAUCGAACGCCGAAAUGGAAGAGGUGAAGAGCUGGAGGUCCGCACUAACCAGAGCCACCAAUUUAUCCGGAUGGGAUUCGCGAAAAUACGAGGAUGAUGCCAAGCUUAUUGAGGAAAUUGUGGAUGACAUAUUUAAGAGAUUGAUCCAUGUCUCCUCAAGCAAAGAUAAUGGCUUGGUUGGAAUGGAUUACCACAUAGAUAAAGUGAAUUCACUGUUACGUCCUGGGGUGAAUGAUGUUUUCACUGUUGGAAUAUGGGGUAUGGGAGGUAUAGGCAAAACCACCAUCGCUCGCGCUGUUUAUGAUGAAAUCGCUUGUCAAUUUGAAGCUUGCUGCUUUCUCGAAAAUAUCAAGGAAGGCUUCUCGAAAAAUGGUGCAGCACAUAUGCAGGAAGUGCUUCUUUCUAGAAUCUUGAAGGAAAAGGUGCAGAGUUUAGGCACGUUGGAUCGAGGUUCCAGAGUGAUAAUGGAAAGGCUACAAAGGAAAAAAGUGUUCAUUGUUCUUGAUGACGUUGAUGAAUUAUCCCAAAUCGAAGCCUUACUUGGAGAGCAGCAUUCAUUUGGCGGUGGAAGUCGGGUCAUUAUAACAACUAGAGAUAAACAAUUAUUAAGUGGAGCUGGUGCUGUAUAUGAGCCCGAGAACUUAAGGGAGCCAGAAGCUCUUAAACUCUUCAAGCAGUAUGCCUUCAGAACAAACCAACCCACCAGAGUUUAUGAUCAGCUCUCAAGGGAUGUCAUACAAUAUGCUCAAGGUCUGCCUUUAGCACUCAAAGUGUUGGGAGCUUUUCUUGAUAACAAAACAUUGCCCGAGUGGGAAGAUGUGUUAGAAAAAAUAAGGAAGAUCCCGCAAAGGGGAAUUCAUAAUGUGCUUAAAACAAGCUUCGAUGGACUGGAUGAUUCAGAGAAGAAUGUCUUUCUAGAUAUUGCAUGUUUCUUGAAAGGAAUGGAUAUAGACAUGGCAAAAAAAAUUCUGGACAGUUGUGGCUUCUAUCCCCAUACUGGAAUAAGAGUUCUAAUUGAUCGAGCUCUAAUAUCUGUCUCAGAGUGGGGGACACUGGAGAUGCAUGAUUUACUAGAGGAAAUGGGUCGGGAAAUCGUUCGCCAAGAAUCUAUCAAAGAGCCUGGGAGAAGAAGUAGGUUGUGGAGUUAUGAAGAUGUUCAUCAUGUGCUGACUAAAAAUACAGCUACAGAAGCAGUUGAAACCAUAAUCCUGGAUUCGGCAAUCUUGAAAGAGGGAUGCUCAAAUACUGAAGCUUUUGUUAGUAUGACAAAACUAAGACUGCUCAUGAUCGUCAGGGAUUCAUUUGGCCAUCAAACUCCAAGUGAUUGCUUCAUAGAACACUGGAUUGCGGACUUAAAGUUCCAAUCUUCUCAAUUGAGGUGCCUCAUCUGGCGUGAUUGCCCCCUAAAGUCUUGGCCAUCCAACUUUCAGUUCAAGAAUCUUGUAAACCUUGACAUGAGCUAUAGUUGCAUCGAACAACUUUGGAAAGGAGCUGAGCCUCUGGAAAAGUUGAAAUUCAUCAAUUUAUGUCAUUGUCAAUACCUUAAGAAAACCCCUGACUUCACAAGGGCUACAAGUCUUGAGGAACUGAGAUUCGAAAAUUGUACAAGGUUAUGUGAGGUUGACCCAUCCAUUUCAGCUUUGAAAAACCUUGCUAUAUUGAGUCUAACUUGGUGCAUUGAUCUUAAGAUUCUUCCGAGCAUCACUGGUAUGAAGUCUCUUAAAACCAUUCGUCUUUCCGGUUGCUCAAGCCUUGAGAAGUUUCCUGAGAUUUCAGAUGUUAUGGAGAAGCUAUCAGAGUUAUAUUUAGGUGGGACUGCAAUUAAAGAACUGCCUUCAUCAAUUAAUAAACUCACGGGCCUUGCUACUUUGGACCUACGAGGCUGUCGAGAACUCAAGAGCCUGCCGAGCAGCAUUCAUAUGGGAUCUCUUCAAACCUUUAAUCUUUCUGGUUGCUCAAACCUUGAGAUGUUUCCAGUGAUUUCAGAAGUUAUGGAGGAGCUAUCAGAGCUUCAUUUAGAUGGGAUUGCAAUUAAAGAACUGCCUUCGUCAAUUAAUAAACUCACGGGCCUUACUGUUUUGGACCUAUCUGGGUGUCAAGAACUCAAGAGCCUGCCGAGCAGCAUUCAUAUGAGAUCUCUUCAAACCCUUAAUCUUUCUGGUUGCUCAAACCUUGAGAAGUUUCCUGAGAUUUCAGAUGUUAUGGAGAAGCUAUCAGAGUUAUAUUUAGGUGGGACUGCAAUUAAAGAACUGUCUUCGUCAAUUAAUAAACUCACGGGUCUUCCUGCUUUGGACCUACGUGGCUGUCAAGAACUCAAGAGCCUGCCGAGGAGCAUUCAUAUGAGAUCUCUUCAAACCCUUAAUCUUUCUGGUUGCUCAAACCUUGAGAAGUUUCCUGAGAUUUCAGAUGUUAUGGAGAAGUUAUCAGAGUUAUAUUUAGGUGGGACUGCAAUUAAAGAACUGUCUUCAUCAAUUAAUAAACUCACGGGCCUUGCUACUUUGGACCUACGAGGCUGUCGAGAACUCAAGAGCCUGCCGAGCAGCAUUCAUAUGGGAUCUCUUCAAACCCUUAAUCUUUCUGGUUGCUCAAACCUUGGGAAGUUUACAGAAAUUUCAGAUGUUAUGGAGAAGCUAUCAGAGUUAUAUUUAGCUGGGACUGCAAUUAAAGAACUGUCUUCGUCAAUUAAUAAACUCACGGGCCUUACUGUUUUGGACCUAUCUGGGUGUCAAGAACUCAAGAGCCUGCCGAGCAGCAUUCAUAUGAGAUCUCUUCAAACCCUUAAUCUUUCUGGUUGCUCAAACCUUGAGAAGUUUCCAGAGAUUUCAGAUGUUAUGGAGAAGCUAUCAGAGUUAUAUUUAGAUGGGACUGCAAUUAAAGAACUGCCUUCGUCAAUUAAUAAACUCACGGGCCUUACUGUUUUGGACCUAUAUGGGUGUCAAGAACUCAAGAGCUUGCCGAGCAGCAUUCGUGUGGGAUCUCUUCAUACCCUUUUUCUUUCAGGCUGCUCAAAACUUGAGAAGUUUCAUGAGAUUUCAGAUGUUGUGGAGGAGCUAUCAGAGCUUCAUUUAGAUGGGACUGCAAUUAAAGAAUUGCCUUCGUCAAUUAAUAAACUCACAGGUCUUCUUACUUUGGACCUACGAGGCUGUCGAGAACUCAAGAGCCUGCCGAGCAGCAUUCAUAUGGGAUCUCUUCAAACUCUUAAUCUUUCUGGUUGCUCAAACCUUGAGAAGUUUACAGAGAUUUCAGAUGUUAUGGAGAAGCUAUCAGAGUUAUAUUUAGCUGGGACUGCAAUUAAAGAACUGUCUUCGUCAAUUAAUAAACUCACGGGCCUUAUUACUUUGGACCUGAAAGGUUGUCGAGAACUCAAGAGCCUGCCGAGCAGCUUUCAUAUGGGAUCUCUUCAAACCCUUAAUCUUUCUGGUUGCUCAAACCUUGAGAAGUUUCCAGAGAUUUCAGAUGUUAUGGAGAAGCUAUCAGAGUUAUAUUUAGAUGGGACUGCAAUUAAAGAACUGCCUUCGUCAAUUAAUAAACUCACGGGCCUUACUGUUUUGGACUUAUAUGGGUGUCAAGAACUCAAGAGCUUGCCGAGCAGCAUUCGUAUGGGAUCUCUUCAUACCCUUUUUCUUUCAGGCUGCUCAAAACUUGAGAAGUUUCCAGAGAUUUCAGAUGUUAUGGAGAAGCUAUCAAAGCUUUAUUUAGAUGGGACUGCAAUUAAAGAACUGCCUUCGUCAAUUAAUCAACUCAGGGGCCUUACUGUUUUGGACCUAUCUGGGUGUCUAGAACUCAAGAGCCUGCCCUGCAGCAUUCAUAUGGGAUCUCUUCAAACCCUUAAUCUUUCUGGUUGCUCAAAAUUUGAGAAGUUUCCAAAUAUUUCAGAUGUUAUGGAGAAGCUAUCACAACUUUAUUUAGGUGGGACUACCAUUAAAGAACUGACUUUGUCAAUUAAUAAACUCACGGGCCUUACUGUUUUGGAUCUAUCUGGGUGUCAAGAACUCAAGAGCCUGCCGAGCAGCAUUCGUAUGGGAUCUCUGCAAACCCUUAUUCUUUCAGGCUGCUCAAAAUUUGAGAGGUUUCCAGAGAUUUCAGGAAUGGAGAUGCUAUCAGAGCUUCAUUUAGAUGGGACUGCAAUCAAAGAACUGCCUUCAUCAAUUAAUAAACUCACGGGCCUUCGUCAUUUAGAUGGAGUCCAAUCACGUGAUUCUUGGGUACCAGGGCAGCAGCAUCGCAUCAGAAGGUGUGGAGUUCGUCUCUUUUAUGCCAAUAGUGAAGAGAUGCAUAACCAAAGCAUGACACAGCCUGACUAUCCAUCAUGAAAAUUCUGAAGCGGAAUUUCGUGCUUUUGGCAGAUCACUGGUAAGAGUUGCUCAUUCUAAGAGGAACCGUGAGGGGUGUUGCUAUAAUGCGGCUGAACAAAGUUGAGGUCAGGCCCGGCCCAGGCGCAGUGCAACAGGGGCAAUUGUCCAGGGCCCAAAGUUGAAUGGGGCACCCAAAAAACAAAAUCCAAAUAAUUAGGUAUAAAAAAAAAUUUGUCCAAAGCCCAAAAUAAAGGCUGUAGGCGAUAACUUGUCCAGGUUUUGGGGAUUAAAAAUCAAUAUAACAUAAAGGGUAUCUGAAGGGGACAAGUCGUCCAGGUUUUGGGCAUGGAGGAGAGGCAUAAGAUUCAAGUUUUUCAAAGGGAGCUCCCUCUCUGCUUGGAGCUUGUCACCCAACUGCCCAAGCCCAAGCUAUUGAGAGGUGCAAGCAGCAGAUUUCAGAUGCAACCGCAAAUUACCUGCAUGGACAAUCUAAGUGUUCUGAGCAGACUUCAAGUGAGGGGCAUGUUUUUGAGGAAUUCAUUCCAUUAACACGGAUUUCAUACAACUCCAGAUGCACCACUCGAAGAGGGUAAUGGCAGGAGGAGCAAGUUAAAGGCUAUAGUGAUGGAGAUGAAGAGAAAUGGGGUGCUUUUCAGCCUUUCCAAAGGAAAAAAAAAGCAUUGGAAAGACAAAUGGACCGGUGGCUAAAGAACCUUCUUCGGCUCCGGCUACUAGUUCCACCACGGACACCGUGAGUGGAGACAGUGGUGGGAACAACAAGAACAAAGAGAAAGAUGGACAGGGAAACGAAGGCGAAACUGGUCACCGGAGUUGCACCGCCGGUUCUUGCAUGCUCUUCUCUUCAACAACUUGGUGGUUCACAUGGACCGGCCCUGGUUGAGGUGAAACCCCCGACGUGGAGGAUUUAUAUCCUAAAAGAUUGGUACUUCCUGAUGGGGCAAAGGAAAACUGAAGAGAAUAAUUCCUGUGUGUUGGAUUUGACUGCUCAGUUCUGUUGGGUCUCGACCCUUUCUUACGCGGACCUAAAACCAAACUGUUGUGGCUCUUUAGUUGGCAUGUGCGGAUCACAUGCUAGGUCUUUUUAGCGCUCAUAAUAUAAAGCCUCACAUUGUGCAAUUUGGACGAGAGGUUGAACCGAAGCAGCUGCACUAGUAUGACGGGAAGAGGAGCCGAAACCCAAUAGAAGAGAGAAAUAAUUCGGAGCUGCUGCAUUUUUAUUUUUUUUUGGUAAGAGUGAAACCAGUUAGAGAUUGUUGUAGUUGCAGAGAGACAAAUAUUUUGUUUCUAAUUCGUUUAUUCGCUCAUCUAUUUGUGUGUAUUUGAGUGUAUUUUGGGUUUGAGUUUGAGAGCUUUCUUUGUAAUCUCGUUUUGUUUAUUAGUGGAACUUCCUCACUGUCCUUAAACUGGAUGUAGGUUUAUGCCGAACCAGUAUAAAUCUUUGUGUCAUUUUGAAUUGUUUGGU